AUGAAUGUGCAAGAGUGGACAGUUAAAGAGGCGUAUUAUCCCUCAAAAUGUAGUUUGGGCGAAGGCCCCUACUAUAGCCCGGAAAGGCAUGAGCUUCGUUACAUGGAUAUCAACAAUAACAAGUUGUACGUCAUUGACCUGGCCAAGGGUCCAGAUACGGUCAGAAUCAUCGACACAAAGCAGCCCAUUGGAGUGACGGCCAACAUUGAAGGGGUCGACUCUUCGGAGGUUAUCUUAGCUGGCGCAAAGGAUGGAGUUACCAAGUUCAACCUGAAGACCGGAGAGCAUGAAUAUGUGGCAAAGUAUUGGAGCGGACCUAAUGCUGAGGACAAAACCAGGAGGAUGCGGUCGAAUGACGGCGCCGUUGACACUGAAGGCCGGUUUUGGGUUGAAGCGUUUGUCGACCCCGAGAUAGCUGAGCCGACCGAGGAAGGUGUUCUCUUCCGACUCGACCACGAUGGGGUUCUGCGCACAGUACACGAGAACAUGACCAUUCCAAACGGCAUCACUUGGAAUGCGGACAACAACAAGAUGUUUCUCACCGAUUCUCCGCCCCAGAACGUCUACGUGUUUGACUAUGACCCCAAGACAGGAGAUAUUUCCAACAAGAAGGUCUUCUUCCAUCUCGACGAGGAAGGCGUGCAUCCCGACGGCCACGCUAUGGAUGUCAAUGGUAACAUCUGGCAUGCCUGCUACGGUGGCUCUAAGGUGAUUCGAAUCUCCCCUCAAGGAGUGGUGACGGGAAUAAUCCACUUACCGACACGCAAUAUCACCUGUCCAACAUUCGCCGGCACCGAGUUGUUCAUCACCAGUGCAAAGGAGUCGGAACCCGACAAGUACCCUGAGUCGGCCAAAUUCGCAGGGAAUCUGUUCAGGGUGGAUGUCGGGAUCCAGGGCAUGCCGAAGUACCGGGCUCGCUUGAAGCAAUAG